CGAAAAAUGAAAAAAAAAUAAUAAUAAUAACAAACCCCGCGACACGCGAAAAUGACCUCACCAUGCUAUUUAUUUCAACACCGCCUUUUUCUUCCGAUUUCCACGGCGCUCCAGCUCUCAGAACGAUUCGUCUUCUUCAACGCCACAGCCAUACAGGUUCUACGCUAUAGUUGCUUCCCCUAUUUCCUUCAAGUUUCAACAUAUCGCAGCCCUUCGUCUUCUACUGUGGUCAAGCUCAGAGAUUGAACAGUGUCUUCUUCAAUGGCGUCUUCUUCAUCUCCAGGUGUUCCUUCAAUCAUUCCUUUCUUUUCUUUUCUUUUCUUUGUGUUUGAUCUCUGCUUCCAUUGGAGUUUUCUUUGCAUCUGAGUUGAUUUUGACUGAUAAUCGUCAAAAUCUGAGAAAAAUGAAGUUAAUCGAUAUGAAUAGAUGUUUGGUUUGGUUGAUGUUUGACCAUAUGUAGGUGAAUCUGAAAGGAAACGCUUCUUUGAGGCUGCCGUCAAUGGAGAUCUGCCUCUUCUAAAGAGUAAUGGCUGCAUUUCUUUACCUGUGUGGAUUUCUUUGCAGCAUCUCCGCACAUGACUUUGAUUUUCUGUAUUCCGGUGAUAUAACGGCUUUACAUUAUGCUGCAAAAAAUGGACAUCGCCAUGCCUGCAAGUAUCUUGUGGAGGAAGUAAAUCUCAAUAUUGAUGUGAAGGAUGACUAUGGCCGGACUCCUUUACACUAUGCCUGUCUUACUAAGAAUUGUGUCACUGCUGCAUAUCUGCUUCAGCGUGGAGCUAAUCCAAAUGCGAAAACCAUCAUGUGGAGAACUCCUUUGCAUCAUGCGGUAGAAGAAGGACCUUUGAAACUUCUGAAGCUGCUUAUAUACAAAGGUGCUGAAAUCAAUGCAUUGGCUGAAUGUGGCACACCAUUGGCACUAGCUGUUAUUAAGGGUCAAAAGGAUUUUGUUAAGUUUUUGUUGGAUAAAGAUGCUGAUCCUAAUGCAAUUUCAGAUAGUUUAUCAUAUCCAUUACUGCAGUCUGUCCUUGUUCGAGACUUUGAAUGUAUGGAGCUGCUGCUGAAGGCAGGAGCUGAUCCAAAUCUCCGUUGUACGAAAGCAAUGACACCUUUAUGGAAUGCAGCUUAUCAAGGGUGGGUAGAAGCUAUUGAAUGCCUGUUGCAUGCUGGAGCUGAUCCCAAUUUCACUUGCAAUGAUGGAAUGAAACCAAUUGAAAUUGCAGCAUUGAAAGGUUCUCGUCAAGGAGUUAGGAUUCUCUUUCCACUUACCUCUGAAAUUCCAACUAUUCCAGAUUGGAGUGAGGAUGGAAUAUUCAAGCAUGUUUGGCGUGCUGAGGCUGAAGCUGAAAAAGAACAGAAGCUGGAGGAGAAUUUUUUGCUGUGGAAAUCCAGGGGAACAGAAGCUUUUCACAGAAAGGAUUAUUUUAGGGCAAUAAAGUGGUACCAAGAGGCGUACUAUUGCAAACAAGAUGCAGCUGUAGUAUCCAACAUAAGCUUGUGUUGGGCCUGCUUGAAUGAAGGGGGGCGUGCACUUGAAGCAGCUCAUCGUUGCCACAGCCUAAGUCCUAAAUGGCUGAAGGCAUACUAUAGGGAGGGUGCAGCAUUCAUGUUAUUGAAACAAUUUGAUAUGGCUGCUGGUGCCUUUUAUAAUGCUUGGAAGAUGGAUCCUGCUAAUGAAGAAAUUGAACGUGCCUUUCGAAACGCUAAUGAAGCCCUAAGAAACAGUGUGCUUUCAGAAUGGGAAGCUACUGAAGCACAAAAGAACAAACUGCAUUCAGAAAGGGAAGCUAUUGAAGUUGAAGCAAAUACGAACGGACUGCAUUCCUCCUCAGAACUUUAGAAUGGCAUAGCUCACGUUCUCCCCUAGUUGGUGUCACGCCGUCUCCUAUCUGUUUAAUUGAGUUGUAUGGAAGUCUAAACUUCUAUAAUGUUACAGUUUCUUAGUAGGAACUUGGAUUUUGAUAGUAAGGCUGCAAUCCUAGUAGUAUUUCUAAAUAUAAGGACAUUAUGUUU